GCGCUCGUCCCGCCUUCUUGCGAGCAGAGAACACUCGGGUCUCCAUCGUACGGGACCGGCUGCUGCUUCCUUUGAAGCUUUAUCUCUCCGCUCACUCUCUACCAACCCUUCCUUCCUUCUUUCUUUCCUUUUCUUCUUUUCUUUCUCUCUCUCUCUUUGCUCUCCUGUUUGCUCUCUUUCUACCUCGCCUCUCAGAACAGGCUUGUUUAUUGUCGGGGGGGGGUUGUGUUGUCAGCUAGAGGAGGGAACAUGCAGCAUCCUGGAGGAACAUGCGUGGCGUUACCCAACGUGGACGCCUGUCCUCCGCUGUCCUGCGCAGCCCUCACCUUCAUGUAUUUACAGCAGGGUAACCAGGACACACCAGCACCCCCGGACCCAUCCAUGGCGCAGGCUUACCCGUCGGCCCAGUUUGCCCCCCCACCCCAGAACGGCAUCCCAGCUGAGUUCACAGCUUCACACCCCCAUCCGCAUCCGCACUCCCACCCGCAUCCACACCAGCACCCUGCAGCACCACAGGACUACUCUGGGGUCCAGGCCUCCAUCAGUGAGCAUCCACUCAACAUGUACCAGUCCUCACAGAGCCACAGCGAGCAGAGCGGGUCAGACUCUGUCAGUCAGACGGUCACCGGCACAGCCACACAGACAGAUGAUGCAGCCCAGACGGACAUUCAGCCACCAACACAGACUGUACCUGAAAGCACAGACAGCAAGGCCCAGCCCAAGAGACUUCACGUCUCAAACAUCCCCUUCAGGUUCAGAGACCCAGACCUCAGGCAAAUGUUCGGCCAAUUUGGCAAAAUCUUAGAUGUGGAAAUCAUCUUCAACGAGCGUGGUUCUAAGGGUUUUGGUUUCGUAACGUUCGAGCAUAGCGUGGACGCCGACAGGGCCAGAGAGAAAUUACACGGCACCGUGGUAGAAGGCCGUAAAAUAGAGGUCAACAAUGCAACAGCCCGAGUAAUGACAAAUAAGAAGACUGUCAACCCAUAUGCAAAUGGCUGGAAGUUAAAUCCAGUGGUCAGCGCUGUCUACAGCCCAGAAUUCUAUGCAGUACCAGGUUUUCCCUACCCAACAGCCAGUGCAGCAGCAGCGUACAGAGGAGCCCACCUAAGAGGCCGAGGACGGACCGUGUACAACACAUUCAGGGCGGCGGCUCCGCCCCCCCACAUCCCAGCUUACGGAGGUGUUGUUUACCAGGAUGGAUUUUAUGGUGCAGAUAUUUAUGGUGGUUACGCUGCCUACAGAUAUGCCCAGCCUACUGCUGCCACAGCUGCUGCAUACAGUGACAGUUACGGACGAGUAUAUGCUGCCGACCCCUACAACCACACACUCACUCCAGCAGCCACAUACAGCGUUGGUGCCAUGUGGGAGGGACUAAGUUGCAGAGAAUAGAGGGAGGGAAACCUGGACGCAAUGAAGAAUGCAUUCGCCCCACUGACAGAUGCGAAAACCCGGAGCCAUGCCGACGAUGUGGGGCUCGUGCUGUCCUCUCUCCAGGCUAGUAUAUACCGGGGAGGCUACAGCCGCUUUGCACCCUAUUAGCAACACCUCCGACCUAUUCUCAACCUUCCAACAGGACAGCAAGAAAGUGUGUGUGCGAGCAAGUGUGUGAGCGAAUGAAAACAACAUAGAACGAGUGAUCCACGGAGAGACGUUACUGAGGCCUGGGUAUUGCAAUACAUGCAGUUUGUGGUUCAUUUCAGCAUCUCCUAAGAGAGAAUCACAGAAAAACGAAAAAAGCUGAUAUUUUUCGUCUUAUACCUCAGAUAUUUUGUGCUGUGUAUUUUGAUAUUGCGGGUUUUUAAUUUCUAAAACCUAGAUUAUCAGCUGUAGAGGUUUUUCCUAGUACUAAUAGAGAGUUGCUAGAGUAAUGAUUAGGACACACAUGAAAUAUUUAUCAGAUUUCAAAUUGUUAGGGCUUGUAUGGAGAUCUCCAGCCCUGUAACAUAGGUAAUAGUCACACUUGGGGUUUUUAUGUUUUGUAAGAGUGUUAAAGUGACUAUGCCAGUAAGUGUUUUUCUCCUCUCAACUUCCUUUGGCACCCGUUUAGCAAUGAUAGCUUUUUAGUUUUCCCUUUGGUUCGGGGGGCGGUAAAGAAACUGUAUAAAACGUGAAAGUCUUGGAACCUAAAGAGAAGCUGAGAACGGCCAUUAUUGCUAUGCCAUCAUCAGAUGUCAACUUGUUUUUGUUACCUACCUUAAGGAAACUUGUGACUGAAACUUUCAUAUCAUAUGUUUAUAGUCAAUUCACCAAAUUGAGAUAAUACUCCUUUCCCAAGACAAAAUCCUAUGUAGUGUCUGCACAGUCAUGAAAACUGCAUGUAUUGUAGCCAAACUGCAUUGAGUGCAACAUGUGGUUUUCUCGUUUUGGUUUUGGAAUAAAAUAGCAUUGCAUUCAAAAAAAAAUGGGCAUCUAAGUUUGACUUUGUAUCUCAUAAUUACAAAAUCCCAUCUCUGUUUCAAACAGGUCUAAAGACAUUCUUUUGGGGUUGACUCAGAUUGGCCUGUCAUGCAUGCUGUUUAGCCUGGAAAUAGAUGGAACGGUCAGCUUUGAUUAGUCUGUCUGAUCUGGUCUGAAUAUAGGAUAUAUAUAGGAUAUAGGAUAUAGGACAGCAACUUGGGACCAAGCUGUUUCUGUAGCAAUGCAAUCUAACUAAACCGCUAGUUGAGUAAUUUUGAUAUUUUUUUAACCUGAACCCUAUUUUCCUAUGUUUUUUAUGCCUAAUUGGCUAGCGGGAACAUUUAAAAAAAACUUGUUCCAAUAUUAAGCUAAACAAGCUGCAAUGUAACAUUAAUGGGCAAUUGCGCACCUUCAAUUUCCAUCCACUAAAGUGCUGUUUUGGCCACCGAUGUCUUCUAAGUGUCGAUGACAUUAUGGAAAUGAUUCCUACAGAGUAAGAUUCUUUUUGUUUAACGUGAACCUUUCUUGGUUCAUCUGUCGACUCUGGUCUGGUUGAAAUAAACUCUUAAUUCAUCCAUUUUCAUGUGGAAAAGCUGUAUGCUGGCUCUAUGCACACUAAAAAUGCUGAUUAUUUACAUGGCGUAAGAGUUUGGCCGAUUUCUGAGCCGUUUCUGGUAAAGCAAAAAUAAUCUCUCUUUAUCAAAAGGUCUAUCUCUGUUGGAAUCCUUUGCAUAAUGUUAAGCACAUUUGUCCUGUAGGCUUACAUUGCAGCUUGAUUUACAGCUCAUUUCUCUCAAUAUUGGACCAAUUACAGAGAUCUUUGUUCACAUUAGUCACUUAGACACCACUGAAAAAUGCCUAAAUUACCCUUAUUGCACCAAUAUGACACUCCACACAUCCAACACACUCACGCAACACACUCCGACAGCAAAAUGUAGCUGUUGACCUUAUGCAAAACCUCAAUGUGCCCCUCUAACUGACAACUCACAUCAGUUCAUAUGGCCACACUGAUUGGACAGUCUAACCACUCAAGGUGAACAUCUCGUAAUUAUAAGAUACUAAGUCAUAAGUCUCCAGUUUCUUUUUAUCCUUUGGUGAAUCCAAUGUGUUUUCAUGUUUGAUGUUUCUAUAGUUAUGACAAAAAAUGCAACAAGUUUCUCUAAUAAGGGCAUUUCUGCUUUUUCAUAAGUUAUCUUAAUGGGGUAACGGGGUAAUUAAGACACGAUCGCUUUAUAAAAAAAAUACAGCAAGUAUUAGCAGUCCCAGCUGCUCUCAGCUUCCCGAGAUAGUCAAAGUGUAGUUUAGUUGACUUUGUAGGGAGACAACGGUGGGAGUCAACGCCUUAUUCAGCCUGUAUGCUUAUUGACUGAAUAAUGUGGUUAUGUCUUUCAUCACUUUAAGCCAAAGCUUCUGACGGACAUAUCUGGCGUCUUAAUGUGUAUAGUAGAGAUUCUACAUAGAUAGAUAUGAGAUGAGUAAAAAGAAUUGCAAUGGCAACCAAACUGUUCAACCAUUUCAUAUGAAAACAUAGAUCACGUGAAUACAUGAAAAUACAAAAGAUUUGGUAAUAUUGCAGAAUUUUAAGGAAACAGUCCGGAUCCUGGCGAAGAAUGUCCAACUUUAUCACAGAAUUCUAACUUAAGAUCCGAAGGUUUUGUGGCACUAAUCUUCUUCCGCAUCCAGACAUAGAUGUUUUUUUUAUAUAAACUUCCAAUAUAUUCAUUGGUAUAACUGAUGAUUUUUAUAUUACAGGAGAGAUUUAAAAAAUAUAUAUAUAGCAGCGGCCAAAGCCGCUGUGUCUAUUUUAUCUCUUUGUUAAUUUUGUUUUUCCUUGUUUUUUUGUUUUCAUUAUUAAAAUUGAAGGGGGGGGGGUAAAGUACAGUAUAAUAAUCCAACAAUGUAUUAUAUUUGAACAGUGCAGUAAAGAUGUUCUCUUAUAUAAAAUACACAAUAGUAUGAUGUUUUAGAUUUAGAAGAGUAGAAGAGUUGUUAGGGCGAGCUCUCUCAAUUUCUAUCAAAUCAUAUUCAGAUUUUUAUUAACUCUUUACAACUAAUGUAAUCACAAUGUAGAUACUGUCAUUCGUCCAUGUUGUUUUUUUCUCAAUUGUACCAUUUUGCACAUUUUCAUUUUCAGAUAAAAGCUUAGACAUAUCAGUGCUGUAGUUGUGAUUUUUAUUUUUUUAUUUUUUACAUCCGUUCUGUAUUUUCUGAUCCCUUCUCUUUCCUCGUGUAACACCCUUUCUGUUAUUUUGAACCUUUACUAAAACUAACUGUUUGAAUAUUAUAAUACUAAAGAAAUACAUGAUUUGUGAACAAGCUAAUCUACAGUAUGAUGUAAAUAGAACUUAAUGGAAUACAUUUUGCAGUGUAUUUGAAAAGCACUACACGGGCAACAGGAGCUCUGCUACGGCUGCGUUGCAAGCCAGCCUAAGGGCCGCUUCCUGGGCCACAUUCUGUUUACAGCUAAUCCCAAUUAGUGGUGUUGUUACAUAUCUCCCUUUUUGUAUUUAUAACUAAUUAGAUAGGGACAACUCUCAAAUGCAUCACAUUAAAAAAAAAAAAACUAAAAAAAAAAACUAAGGCAGCAGUAAGAGCUCCGGGGCCGCUCUGUGUCCGUGUGUGUCCACCCGAAACUGGACAACUUGUAGUCCCCCACUAUGCUGAAUGUCUGACUCCGCAACUACUUUAUACAAGCUCCGCUUCCAGUAGGUGUUGUGGUUCAAAACGAGGCUUCCUACCUUAGUCAUUGUAUGUGCAUGUAGUAUGGUUCUUCCACAAAUCAAUAACCAUCAAUAAAGUUUUGUUUUCUCAAGA